AUGGCGCUCAGCUAUGCGCAAGAAGUUUUGAUCGAUAUUAUCCGGGUUUUCAUAAUUCUGAUUCAUCUUCUAAGUUAUUCAUUCAACUUUGUUUUGCUUCAUCUUGUCAUCAAUAAAAGAGUCCUUAAAACCAAGGUCUAUAUGAUGAAUAUGAUAACAGCUGAAUUGAUCUUGAAUAUUUGUCAACAUUUGGUGAUUGAACCAAGCUGGUUCUUCGAUGAUGUCAAUUUCAAAACACUUGGAAUUUUCAGCUUUAUUUAUAUGACAGCAACACAAUUCAGAUUCCUUUUAACUUUUCUGAUGUCAAUCAAUCGUUUUGUUGUGGUUCUAUCGCCAGAAAAAAAUGUGUUUUUCUCUCAAGAUCAUUUGACUUAUUAUUCUUACAGUAUUUGGGUUAGUUUUACUUCUUCUAAUCACAUUUAAUAAAUAGACAAAAAAGAGAUUUUCAGGGGAUCACAACAUUGUUCAAUAUGGUAUAUUUUAUCAAUGAUUGUCAUUAUAUUCUGACACCAUUGAACUAUCUUUGGUCAAUUGAUUGUUAUCAAUGGAAAACAUCACAUUAUCUCGAAAAAACGUAUUAUGUUCUAAUUCUCACGUGCAUUUUCAAUAUAUUCGUUGUCAUUUACGUGAAACUUCGUCGACUUUGUAAUGCAUCAACAGCUCCGCGAAUUUCAAGAACAUCUGCUGAAAAUCGUCGAACAAAAGAGAAUAUAUUUGUUAUGCAAGCAGUGGUUAUUAUGAUAAUUAUGGCAAUCGACGGAGCAUACAAUGUGAUUCGCAAAAAUAAUCAAGAAUUCUUCGCGGAAACUCCAAUCGUUCUUCAAUAUUUGAUCGGGUCUUCAAUCGUUUAUUCGAGCUCUUUGGUCAACUUUCUAAUUUAUUUUGUGUUUCAUGCUUUGAUUCGAAAACAUGUUCUUAAUUUUGUUUUCCGUCGCCCAAGAUAUGUCCCAAAUCCCAGAAUUUUUGUGCAUUCCGUUUCAAUUUGA